AUGGGCCGCAAGGGCCGCAAGGCUAGGGUUUCGCGCGACGCCGACGCCGAUGCCGAUGGCAGCGAGGAUGAGAGGGCCGCCGCUCCUGCCGCCACUGCGGGCAAGAGCCUCUACGAGAUCCUGGGAGUUGAGAAGACUGCUUCACAACAAGAAAUAAAGAAGGCAUAUCACAAAUUGGCUCUGCGCCUCCACCCAGAUAAGAAUCCUGGGGAUGAGGAAGCCAAUGAGAAGUUUCAGCAUCUGCAGAAGGUUAUAUCCAUUCUUGGUGAUGCAGAGAAAAGAGCUUUAUAUGAUGAGACUGGCAUCACUGAUGAUGAUGCACUGGUGGGAGCAGCUGCAGACAAUCUUCAGGAGUACUUCAGAACAAUGUACAAGAAGGUCACCGAGGCUGACAUUGAAGAAUUUGAAGCUAAAUACAGAGGGUCAGAUUCUGAGAAAAAGGACUUGAAGGAACUCUACACAAAAUAUAAGGGCAACAUGAACAGGCUUUUCUGCUCAAUGAUUUGCUCGGAACCAAAGCUUGACUCCCACCGCUUCAAGGAUAUAAUUGAUGAGGCAAUUGCUGAAGGUGAGCUGAAGUCAACUAAGGCGUAUGAGAAAUGGGCUAAAAAGAUCUCAGAGAUGGAGCCGCCAACGAAUCCGUUAGAGAGGAGAGUGAAGAACAGGAAGAAUAGUGAGGAGAAUGAUCUGAUCCUGGCCAUCUCACAGCGCAGGGCUGAGCGGAAAAACCAGUUCAAUUCCAUCCUCUCGAACAUCAUGUCCAAGUGCGACUCCAAGGCGAGCAGCUCGGAGCCCACGGAAGAGGAGUUUAAGCGGGCGCGGCAGAGGCUGGAGAGCAAAAGGGCCAAGAAGGACAAAUGA